AUGGAGAACGUACGUCACGUCAGCCCUUACGUGGGGCCCAAGGCUAGAACCAGAGCACUUGCUUUCGAGUGCUCACGUCCUAUACCGUCACAGAGCAGCCAAGAGAUGACUGUGCUUCUGGAAUUCUUGCCUGAGAGCAACCAGCUACCUCUGGAAUUAUUUGAGCAGCGGCGCAAAAGAGAGGCUGAUAAGUGUGCAGAACGCCGAAACAUGUAUCGCACAAAACUCAAGAACGAGAGGCAGACGCAGAAGCUGCAACUAAAAGAGCUUUUCGAGAUACUGUACCUAGAACGUCAACAACUAGAAAGGAGAAAGCUCGAAGCGAAUGAUUCAGCAUACAAUGCUUGGAAGCGCGUUGCCAAACAGCACAAAGAGUAG